AUCUGCCAUUUCCAUUUCCUAAGUGCGUUAGAAAGGAUACCGGUGUUAAGUUUUGCAAAGAGAAAUUUUGUGCAUCAAAAUGUUUUUACCUGGUGUGCUUGUUUUGUUUAUUGUAAAUGCCAUCAAUGGAGCUUCCAUAGAACCUAUCUGCUCCAAAUUUUCAUAUGAAGAACAGCUUCUAGAAAAGAUGGUUCGUCUGGAAUUCUUUGCGGAAAAUAUGCAAAAAGAUGUUAAAACUAGCAUAACGGACAGUAAAAAGGAAAUAAACGGUAUGAUUGACAAACAGUUGGAAAUGUCUAAAAACAUGACGGACUUUUCAGCAACUAUGGCAGACUUUGAACUUACGUUCGGGGAAUUAAAGGAAAAUGUAAAAGUCACAACUGAGGCAACUCUAAAAGGACUCUCUGAGAAAGUAGAAAUGAAGUUCGCAGAAUUCAAGAAGAAUAUAACGUCCACAAAUGAUAACAUUCUAAAGGGAUUAGCCGAUGGAGCAAACAAACAAGAACAGAAGUUUGAACGUUUCAUGACAAAUAUAACGAGUUCAAGCCAGAAAAUUCUAAAGGAAACAACCGAGGAAGUUAAGAAAAGUGUGACGGAGACAAUGGCAGAAUUGAUCAACAAGAAACACCCGCUCGUGGCAUUCAAUGUGUACGGUACAGACUCAGAAUACACCGGCAAAAAGGUUCCUUUUAAGAAAAUUCGUCUAAAUGAAGGAGGUGGGUUCAGUACAACAACGAGCAUGUUUACCGCUCCGGUAUCAGGACUCUACCAGUUUAAUGCUCAUAUCUGCUUAGAGAAAGCUGUUGAAACAGACUAUUACCUACAAGUUGGCGACACUAAACUCGCUAGAGGGGAAUACGUGGUUCCAAAUGCUGCUACCGACGGAAAAUGCAUGUCUGUCAGCAGUGUUGCUCUUGUCAGAGAAUCACAGACGGCUUACGUCGGAGGAAUAUCUUCUAGUGCUUCUUUUGUCAACAAUGACGACUUAAACUCGUUCUCCGGUGUUCUUAUCCGUGCUACAUAAUGACACCGAAAUUUGUUUUUAUUAAUCUUUGUUCAGAUUUUGUGAGAUGCUUAUGUUACUUGACAUUGAAUCACGCAAUGCUUUGUUGGUAUUACUGUUGUUGUUAGAUUGUGUGUUUAUGGUGUUUUAAUGUGUUUGUUUAUUUAUUCAUUUUUUUAUUUUCAAACAUUUAUUUAUUUAUUCAUUUAUUUACUUACUUUUUUUAUUUUACUUUACUUACGCAAUGUUGACUUGACGGUUUCUUCCUUAAAACCGCCAUAAUGUUACUGCAGUCUUCAAUAAAAAAAAGUAUAUGCUUUAUACAUACUACAAUGUAUAUAAUCUAAUAAAAUAUUGCGAUUUCGUUUAGCUAAAUAAAGCUUAAAUUGUAGCAUAUUAAAAUUGAGCAUACCUCUAGAUAAUAUGAAUUUGACAAAUCUGGCGGAGUUCUAAUUUGAAAAAGAACAACAAGAAUACGAAAAAAAUUAUAAAUGUGAUCCGUAAUUAUGUUGAUAAUUUUUAUA